CUAUUUUUUUACAGGCCUUCUGAUUGGAUAUAUCAUACACGUGUUCCAGUUCUCGGUUCAUGCGGAAUUUGUUGAAAGUGCAGACGCUUUUUUACAAGAUUGCGGUGUUGAAAUAAAAGAUAUGUCUGAUGACAGAAUAUUGAACGAAAUUGACUUUUUUCAAACUGAUUCAGUCUUAAUGUCUAAAGCACUCGAGGAGUGUGCGGCAGAUAUUAUAGGUUCCAUAAAUGACUUCACCAAUAUUUUGAGUCCUGUUAUAUCUCAGAAUUUUGGAGAAAUGCUCACUCCAACAAUUUUUAGAAAGCCAGCAAUAUUUCACACUCCUACCAGAUUAGUUAAAUCACAAAGAUGUACCCAGCAGAAGUUAACUUACCCAAGUUUCAACCAGCCAUCAACACCAAAAACACCAGCAUUUGCAAGUUCUCUUGGAACACCAUUAAUGUCAGCAUUUGAAGUAGCAAUGCUAACAACACCUAUGCUGAUAAAGACCUUGGAUAACAUACAAGAAGAAGCUGGGAACAAAAACAGAUUGUCUCCUUAUCCUGAUAUACUACAGCUUAUUGAUGAUGAUAGUAAAUGUACUGGAGCUAGAUUAGAUCAUCAUCUUAAACAAUGCAGUGACUCAAAUGUCAUGGACAGUAACCUUGCAGAUUAUUCAGCAGAUCUUUCAAACGAAGCAAGUCAUCAUAACAGUUCAGAUACAAGAACAAUGACUGAAAAGAAACUGAGCAUGGAUGAAAUUUACAAGUCCCCACCCAGGGUGUUUAAUAGAGCACGACGUAGAACAAAAUUGAUGACAGAGGAGGAACGUAUAAGUAUCCAGAGGCAACAACGUGAAAAACAAAAACAAAGACGCAAGAACAAAUAUAAAAAUAAACCAAGGGCUGGUACAAGAAAAAGUAGAAGAGUUAGAAAACAAGUGGUGCGGUAUAGCUGAUGCUUUUGUUACGCUUUUAUAUAGAUUUCCUACAGUUACUGUGUCAGAACUCAUCACUGGAUGGUGAUAAAUUUUCCUUGUAUUUAAGUUUUUGUUUAUUCUCAAGCAAUAGUAAAGAUAAUAAAGAAGAAAUAUGUGUAA